GAGUGCGAGUGCGUGAGAGAGCAACUUCCGGUGGCAAGAGUUCAGCAUGGCGGCUGUAUCCAUGUGUAGCGACUCUGAAGGCUUUACACGAUGGCUGGAGGCGAGACUGCUGCAAUUAAACGACGAUCUCGAUGCCGGGGUGUUUGUCACGUACAUCAACGGCAUCCUCGAGUCGUACAGCGGAUAUGAUGAGAAGAAGGACUCCCUGUUGGACAUCGUCGGGGAAAUAGCGGAAGACUCUAAAGAAGAAAUCUGUGAUGAAGUGAUAAAGAAAUGGGAUGAGAUGUGUAAUGUAGAUUCCAAAGAAAACAAAAAGGAACCCAACAGGACACCCCUGGAUGAAAGGCUGUCCAAAAUGCUUACUAAUACACAUGUUGUGACCAGUUCUACCGAGAAGAAAGCCAAGCAACUCAGUGAAGAGGAGUUGGCCCAGAAACGUGCCAUAUUGGUGCAGUAUUCUACCGUCUGUGAUGAACCUGACCAGGGAAUUGAACUAUCAGAGCCGGAACCCGUUCAGUCAGGAGCCACUACUUCUAUCCCAGGUAACAUGGCAAACCUGAUCCCUGCAGCUUCUGCUGCUGGUAGCAACAAUUUGAACCCAGGUUCAUCAGUGCAUCUGCUGGUCAACACGAACCGGGACAGCAUUCAGAGGCAGGAGAAGGAGAUGCGGGAGAAGAUGAAACAGGACAACGAGAAGAAGAAGGAGAAGGACAAACUGGACCGAGAAGCCCAGAAGAACAAGCGGCAGGAGAGGAAGGAGAACGAGAAGAAACGGACCCAGAAGGGCGAGAAAAGGAGGUAGCACAGCCCUUUUGGUGGAUGUGACAACAGGCCAAACAACAAACACAUCGCAGCUCUGUGUGUGUGCAUGUAUGUAUGCGUACACACACACGCACUCAUUUGCACGCACACUUGCAUACACAGGCAUAUAGAGAUAUAUUUAUAAAUAUGCAUACACACAUAUACAUACU